AUGGAAAGGAGGGAAGAGAAGAGACAAGAAAUGGAAAUGCAGAAAUUAGCUAUGGAAAAAGAAGCAGAAGAGAAAAAACAGUUACUGGAGAAGGACAUGGAGGAAAAGAGGCAGCUUAUUGAAAAAGAUAUGGAGGAAAAGAGGUUACAGGUAAAAAUGAGAGAAUUAGAUUUACAGGAACAAGAGCUGAAAUCUAAAGGUACACUAUUCGAAGCACAGGGAAAAGAGCAGAAGCAUGAGGUAAAGUAUUUGCUACCUAAGUAUGUAGAAGGUGAGGAUAUAGAUGUGUUUCUCAGAUCUUUUAAAAGACUUGCAAAUCUGCAUAAGUGGCCGAAACCUGAAUGGGCUUUGCGACUAGUUCCUCAAUUAACAGGUAAGGCGCUGGAUACAUAUGCACGGUUGGGGGAAGAAGAGUCUACUGAUUAUGACAUCAUCAAGAAGGCAAUACUAAAAAGGUAUGAUUUGACAGCUAGCACGUACAAGGAUAAGUUUAGAUCUUGUAAACAAUAUCCAAAUGAAACCUUCAGAGAGUUUUAUACUCGGGCUCUUAACCAUUUUGAGCACUGGUGUCAGUUAGAAAAAGUUAACAAAAGAUUUGAUGUGUUGGUAGAUGUGAUUUUGAGAGAGCAGUUGGUCAAUAGUUCAUCUAAGGAUUUGCAGGUGUGGUUGAAAGAGAGGCAGCCAAAAUCAGCAGAUGAAAUGAUCGAGCUCGCUGAAGCCUACCAGAAUGCACAUCGUGGUUCAGUGGUAACGAAUAAAAUGCAACCCACUAGUACCUUAAAGGAAAAUAAAGGUAAGUUUAAAUUUCAGCCAACUCAGCAAAGCAAUGUAGAAAACAGGUCUUUUAUGUGUCAGAGGACUGGACAUUUUAUAAACACUUGUCCGUUACGUAAAUCCAGUGAUAAGGAUCUAAAGUCGGGGAAACAAUGGGUAGAAAAGCCAAAGACAUUGCAACCUACUGAAGGUAAGAGUAAAGUAGGAUUGAUUCACUCGCCAACAAGGAAGGGUUGUGAUUUAGAAAUACCAGUUGUUGUUGAAUCAAAGAAGGUGAGUUAUGGAGACAAGUGUAGUGGGCUGAAAAUUGAGACUGGAAGGGUGAAUGGUAAGGAAGCUUCUGUUUUAAGAGACACAGGAUGCACUUCAAUCCUAGUGGCAGAGAAGUUGAUCAGGAAAGACGAUUUAAUAAGGGGAGAGUGA